CAUCACUGUGUUAUAAUUAUAUUUUGACCCUGAAGUUACAAAUAUGGACAUACCAUAAGGUAAUCACAGAUUUUCUGCAGUUGCCAUUAUGAUUUUUGAGAAUUACGGGCAUAUUCUAGCCACAGAGCAAAUGUGACAUAGAUAUCAUCAAUCAUUACAUAUUGGCAAAGUGGUCAUAUUCUGUAAAACAUCCUUUAAGAUGAACAUGCCUUGGGUCAUUUGUCAUUCAUCAUCAGAAAAAGGCACCAUCCAAAGUCAAUCAAUAUCUCCCCUAAUAAUCAAGAAAAACACAAAGAUGUAUAUCCAAAAGAAACAGUGCCCUCUUUUGUGCUUGUUAAGAAUAUCUCAGAUUGUGUAUAAUAUUUAAGACUUAUGUUUUCAGUUCUGAAACCUAUGGUUAUACAACUUGGAACAUGGGGCUAAUAACAGAAGUUGCUUUUAAAUUAGAAAAGUAUUACUUCAGUAGUUGCUCUUGGGGAUUUGAUGUAGUAAGUAUUUGAUUUCUAAAUCUCAUUAUUGUUUACAGGGGUAUAUAUCUCUAAAAAUCAUGGGAUUCCUUGUUAAUUUAUAUUGACAUCAUUAUUUCCAUUGUUACGAUCAGAGGUGAACAGCUGAUGGGAUGAUAUUCUUGGAUACAGGACUUUAGCAAGGGAUCUGAAAAGCAGCCCAACUAGUUUCUCAAAAGUGUGAUAUCAAGAAAUAGAUCUGAACUAAAACAACACUUAAAGCCAAAUCAUUGCUGCAAUGCUAAAACAUUGAGCCAUCUUUUGCCAGCAUAUGACUUUAUCUAAUUUCAAUUUUAGGUGACAAUUGAGGAUCCUAGUACUGGAACUGAGUAUGUGUGUAGUUGCUCCUGUGAUAUCACAUGCAACAUGAACUGGGUGACCAUUCCCUGCAGAACUGGUUAGUAUUUAUCAAACUAAAGGAAUUUUACAUAUAUGAUGAACACAUAAGGUACGGCUUUGUGCAUUAAAAUUACUUCACUAAAAGUUGUUUCUAAAAUGCAAUCUGAUGUAAAAUCUGUUUUGUGAACAGGAACUCCUCUUGAAGAAGUAGUCUGUCCAGGAGAUCCAGUUCAAACCACCCAAACUCCAGCUCAAACUACCAAUGAUCCAGCCCAGACUACUGAUUCUCAAGUUCAGAUUACGGAUGAUCAAGUCCAGACUACCAAUGAUCCAGCUCAAACUACCAAUGAUCUGGCCCAGACUACUGAUUCUCAAGUUCAGAUUACGGAUGAUCAAGUCCAGACUACCAAUGAUCCAGUUCAGACUACCAAUGAUCUGGCCCAGACUACUGAUUCUCAAGUACAGAUUACUGAUGAUCAAGUUCAGACUACCAAUGAUCCAGUUCAGACUACCAAUGAUCUGGCCCAGACUACUGAUUCUCAAGUUCAGAUUACGGAUGAUCAAGUUCAGACUACCAAUGAUCCAGUUCAGACUACCAAUGAUCUGGCCCAGACUACUGAUUCUCAAGUUCAGAUUACGGAUGAUCAAGUCCAGACUACCAAUGAUCCAGCUCAAACUACCAAUGAUCUGGCCCAGACUACUGAUUCUCAAGUUCAGAUUACGGAUGAUCAAGUUCAGACUACCAAUGAUCCAGUUCAGAUUACGAAUGAUCCAGUCCAGACUACGGACACUAAUGUCCAGACUACCAAUUCUCCAGUUCAGACUACACAUGAUUCAGUCCAGACUACUGAUGAUCAAGUUCAGACUACUAAUGCUUCAAUCCAAACUUCAGAUGCAACAGUUCAGACAACUGAUGUUGUUCCAUACCAAACAACUCAAGUCCUAUGUGUUCAGGUCCAGACUACUGAUGCUACAGUCCAGACUACUGAUGCUACAGUCCAGACUACUGAUGCUACAGUCCAGUCUGCUAAUGCUUCAGUUCAGACUACUAAUGCUACAGUCCAGACUACUGCUGCUGCUACUGUCAAUUCUACAGAUAUACCAGUCAAUAAUUUAACUACUCCAGUGCAAAGUACAAUAACAUCAGUCCAGAAUACCAGUUAUACAGUCCAAAGUACCACAAUGCCAGUCCAGAAUACCAGUUAUACAGUCAAUUGCACCAUAAUAUUGGUUCAGAAUAUCAAUGCUACAGUCCAGAGUACCAGAACAUCAGUCCAGAAUAGUAGUGAUACAGCCAUGAGUUCCAUUUCACCAAUACAGAAUGCCAGUCAUACAGUUCAGAGUACCAUUACAUCAGUCCAGAAUACCAGUGAUACAGCCCAGAGUACCAUAACACCAACACAGAAUACCAGUGAUACAGCCCCAAGUACCAUAACA